AGCGACCCUCUGCUGUGCCUUUGCCUUUUUGGCAUUCUCCUGCCUUUGGACCUCACAACGGGCAGGCGCCAUGGCUUCAGACGGACCUCCAGAAAGUUCGGACCCUCCUUCUUUCCCCCCUAUCUUCCCUGUCGCCCCGGGGGUCCCUUCACGUCCCCCUGCGCCCCCUCCAAGUUCCCCACAUCCUCCUCAUCUCCCUCCAAAUUCCCCAUUUCCUCCUCAUCUCCCUCCAAGUUCCCCUCGGCUGCCUCCAAGACCACCCAUGCCCCCCACACGUCCACCUCUCCACCCUCCACGUUCCCCUACGCCCCCUGGCAGCCCACCCACACUCCCAACAAAUCCACCGGUGACUUAUUCCAAUCCCCCUAAACGUCCAGCCCCACGUUACGACCCCGCGAUGCCUCCGAGAGAUUCCCCUCCCAUCGGACCACCCGUGAUGCCCCCAGCACCGAAACCUCCCUCUCCCCUACCCCCAUG